UGGCAAUUCGAUUAAUUUGUUUCCAAAGCAUUUUAGUAUUUAUUUAACUUGGGGAAAAUAGUUCAUUGCAUAAUUGUUUAUUACUGCGUUCUGAAGAUCAAAGAUUAAAAUGGAGGAUGGAUUUGAUGAUAUGAGUUCAUUUGCAUUAAUGACGCUCGACGAGAGGCUCAUUGAACUAGUACGGAGCCACAAAAUAAUUUACAACAAACAAUGCUUUGGACAUAGAGGCCUUGAGCAAAAACAGGCAGCAUGGAACGCAAUCGGCGAGCAACUGGAUACCACAGCGGAUGAAUGCGCAAAACGAUGGACGAGUUUACGAGAACGUUAUUCCAGAGAGCUGAGGAGACUUGAAAAACUUUCAGAAAGUAAGGAGCAUGUAGUUGUAGACUGGCCCUAUUUUAACUCGCUUUCUUUUCUCAGAGAAUUUGUCAAGCCAAGAGCUCCUCGAAGUACUGGCAAUGAGACGCUGGGUUGGAACUCUCCUGCACCACCGAAAAAGUUUAAAAUGUUUCGUGCUGAAAGUAAUGAAUUUUCCGACACAAGCGACUCUACUACACCACCAACAAAGUACAAAAGCUUUAGUGCUGAAAGUAAUGAAUUUCCCGACACAAGCGACUCUCCUGCAACACAAAAAAAUUUCAAAAUCUUAAGUGGUGAAAGUAAUGAAUUUUCCGAUGCAAGCAAUCCGCUAGAAGAAAUCUGCAUAGAAAAAGUUGAGAUGCCAAUAGAAAUUCAAAAUGUCCAAUCACCUGCUGCAGGAGUUAUUGUUAACACAGAAAAUGCUGCAACAAUAAAACGGAUUAAUGCUGUACAAUCUUUUGGUCAAACUGUAGCAGCAAUUCUAUCGGAAAUGAGUGAAGCAAAGCAAGCAAGAGCAAUGCGUGUAUUGUUUAAUGCUUUAAUAACUAUUAAAACAUCGCCCGAAGAAACUUGAGUUUAGAAAAACAGCGCUGUAGUUCUUACCUUUUUUAGCUGCGACUAGAAUUGCAGAAUAUUUUGCUCUUAUUAAUAUACGGUGUUUUAUUAAUACUAGCCCUUGAACAAGGGAUUAAUUGAAGCGGGCUUUUUCUUUAAUUAUAUGCAUACAUACAUACACAUUUUAAUUAACAUUAAUUUGGUACAAAGUAUUUUUUACAAUUCAAUGGUCGCCGCGAACAACGCUGAAGCGAUAAGACUAUAAUUUUGUAGAAAUAAAAGAAAACUAGUAAUAAUCCCCGAAAAUCGGGGUGCUCGGUAGUCUAAAAAAUCUGCAUAUUUCUUUAUUCCUUAUUGCUUAUUGCUUUUGGUAGUUAACUUUAACUUGGUAUUUGCGCAAGAUCGUACUCUACUCAAUGCGCCAUGGUUUAAGCAAUCCUUUUGCUAGGGUCAUUGUUCGAAAAAAAAGCCACCGAUCCGGUUCUAUCGUAGCAGAUCGAAACCCAUGGCAUAACGACAUAACCUAGGAAAGUUGCCCAAGCAGCUAAACUGUGUUUUGUGUCGUGAGGUUAUAAUAUGGCAAUGUAUAGGAUGCAAAAAAAAUGUUAUGCCUUGUCAAAUAAUGUUUUAAAAAUUAGUACGCAUAAGUGCCCGCUGUACUAAAAAAAGCACACUCCCAAAAGUUAACUUUGAAGCUUUUUUCGUUAAUUUUAAUUCCUAAGUUUGUUUAAUAUGGCUUU